GCGGGAGGAGGUGUCUGCAGCCGUUGGCCCAGGAGACUGGACGGCCAUGGCGGAGCGAGGGGCCCAUUUGACAGGCGGGCUGUUGGGGAACCCCGGCCGACCGUCCAUCUUCGAGGUGGUGGCUCAGGACACGUUGAUGUCGGCAGUCAGACCGGCAGCGCAACACGCGUGCAAGGUGCUUGCAGAAUCCAACCCUGGUCGCUAUGGGUUUCUGUGGCGGUGCUUCGAUGAAAUCUAUGUGCUGCUGGACCUCCUGCUUCAGCGUCACUAUCUGUCCCGGACCAGUGCUUCCUUCUCUGAGAACUUUUACGGUUUGAAAAGAAUUCCACUGGGUGGCGGCCGUGGACUAUGGCGAUUAGCCAGCCACGGGCUCCCGUGGGCCCAACACUGGAGAUCCGUCUUGGUGAUAAUAGCUGUUCCAUAUAUAAAAGUCAAAUUAGACAAACUGUUUGCUAGGCUGCGAGAGGAGGAUGACUAUGCAAUACAUCUUCCAGAGUCCUCUUGGAAGCGUCUGUACAAGGCCUUCCUCGCGGCCUACCCCUUUGUGAACAUGGGCUGGGAGGGGUGGUUCCUCAUCUACCGCCUCUUGUACAUCUUCGGAAAAACGCAGUUCCACUCACCGCUGCUGCGAAUGGCAGGGGUCCGCUUGGGAAACCUGACCCCUGCAGAUCUGCUGGACCUGAAGCAAAGAUCCUCCUCUGUCAGCAACCCCUCACCUAGUGAAAGUGCGAUUGCAAAGCUGACCUCCUUCCUUGGUAAAGCACUGGGGGGUGUGGCAGUGUCCCUAUCAACUGGUGUUUCCGUGGGUGUCUUUUUCCUGCAGUUUCUUGAGUGGUGGUACUCAUCCGAAAACCAGGAGACAAUUAAAUCCCUCUCCUCCCUCCCAACUCCACCUCCACCAGUGCACUUUGACAAGCUACCAAACGAGUCUUUACCUAGACUGAAGACCAUGUGUCCUUUGUGCAACAAGAUUCGGACAAAUGAUACAGCAUUGGCAACCUCUGGAUAUGUUUACUGUUACCGAUGUGCUUACAGCUAUGUAAAGUGCCACCAGCGAUGUCCUGUGACAGGCUACCCUUCUGAACUGCAGCACCUAGUUAAACUUUAUUCUCCAGAAGCAUGAAGGCACCAGAUCUGCCCAUCUGAGCAUACUUUUAUUGAUAAUGUACUUUUUAUAAUAUUCCCCAGCAGCUGUCAGACUCAGUGCAAUGUCGUCUGCUAAUUACUGCUGAUGUACACGAUGCAAGUUUCAACUGUGUUGAUGUAAUUAUUUUUCCAAUUUUCUCUCCUCUUAAAUGUGCUAACCUGUAUCAUUCCUCAUUCAAGUGGCCGUUCAUUUAUGAAUCUUGACAGGAAAUUCAUCUAUAAAGGCAUUGGUACUGGUGCUUACACACAUCCACCCUUUCUUGCACGAGUCAUGAAUGAUGAUCAAAAGGCCCGAGCUAGACUGCUAAAGCCUGUUUCAGCAAUCUUGCAAUCCUAGUUGAGAUCAGCUAACACAGUACACACUGAGUCCUUCCUAUUUGUGUGGUUUAGGACUACAAUGAACAAUACAAGGGGCCCCAGAACAUCAGGGGAGCAGUUCAUAAGUAUUGCGAGGGGUGUGGACUUAGUACUAUGGCAGGAGAAAAAUGGAAACCUGUGUUUAGAGUUAGACAUGAUGUUCCAUGAUAAUUAUGAAUCUUCGAAUAGAAUCUUAUCAUUCUCAAAUUUAAUUCAUAAAUGUUAUUUAUGAUUUAACUGGUCUUUUGGCACAGUGGGUAGCGUUCCUGCCUCUGAACCAGAAGCUCUGUGUUCAAGUUCCACUCUAGGACUUGAUGGCCAAGGAAUGUAUCUUCAUAACAUGGCCAAAUAGGUUGAGUAUCAACUUGUAGAUCCUUCCAACACACUCCAAUAGCAGGUGGUAAGAGUGGGAGAGAUUCCUGGUCAGCCAUGCGAUGGAAAGAAAUUGGACCCUCUACUAUCACUAUCCAAAGCUUCAGGCUACAACAUGCAUGUAAAAGUGUAUAUUACCACAGCAACUUGGACUCCUUCCGGGGCUGGUUGGCUCAGUUAGCUGGAAGGCCGGUAUGGAUCAGAUUGGUGCCUACAGCAUGGUGUUCAAUCCAAGUUCUGGCUGGGUUUGGGACCUGCCUUCUUGCCCUUGUUGGAGGUCAUGGCAUUUUGGGUCGGGCCUGUCUUCGGGCAGAGAACUCGAGAAGAAAAAGAAGAUUGAUGAUUUAAUCAUAAAAGGACAAGCAAAUAUACAGGUUUACCAGAUCAUUAAUGACUGUAAUAUAUAGCACUCGUUUAUCGCCGUAGACUGUUUACAAAUUUACAUUGGAGGAAGUGCUCUAAAGAUUAAAAAGAUUUAACUUCUUCUGGAUUAGAUCAAUUCAUAAAUUGUAGCAAUGGCCUUUAACAUUAAUGCCCAUAAUCUGAAUUGUUCUAGAAAUGUAUAUUUUAGGAGUCUAGAUAGAUUAGAUACUGUGCACUAAAUCAUUUUGAUGUGUAAAAUGUUUCUAUAACAUUUAACAAAUUUUUAAAAAAAUGUUUUAUUGAAAACGAUAAUAAACUAUACAUCAGCUCAGUCAGUAAACCAGUUUUACAUGGAAAUUGUAAACCAAAGGUUUCAAAAUCUAAACUGAAGAGAGCCUAGCCAGAAGUAGGAAGAAGAAUGGUGAAUGCUGUAAAUCUAAAGGGAGAACAGAAAAUAUUGCAAAUCUUAAGCAGAUCAGAGUUCAUCUUAAAGAAAGCAGCUCAUGUCGUCAGUGAAUCUAGAGUUUGGCCAAGUUAUUGGAGUUCUAAACAAACAUGGUAGUCAUUGAGCUUUUCUGAAAACAAGUUGUUAUCCCAAGGAAUAGUUUAUGGUAAGUUAGAGCCUAUGCUGUUUUCAAAUGCACAAUCUUCUGGGAUAUGGUGUAUGUCAAAUGGUCAGGGAAUUUAAAAGAAAGUGGGGGAGAGUGGUGUAUUAUCCCAAGUAUAAUUGAGUACACCUACAAAGUAUAUUUAACAUUAAGUAAGCAUUGGGUGACUUCAUUCAAAAGUUAAUUUCCAUUCAGACUGGAGUCAGCACUCUUGUUGGUAGCAUCAUGUAUUAAGAACCUGCAAAUCUUCUGAUAUAGUUUUCCUCCUGGAGAAUAUUUUCUGAAUGUUGCAAAUCACUGUUUUUAUUUAUAUUUCCUUUUAAGUAUUUGUGUGAUAUGAAACGUGACAGCCAUCCUGUUUAAUGGACAGGGAGCGCAUGUGUGCAUUAAGUUUCUAAUAUUGCUAGAAGAUCUUCCUUAUAUCAGAUUGGUACCCGAGGAGGUAAUACUACUUCACUGGGAAUGUGUGAUGCCAACAGUAAUUGCAUUCCUAGCAUUUUGCACUUUAAUAAGCACAAGAUUUUGCUAAUUAACUGGAGUAUUUUCAGUUGUAGAUGUUAUGCCAGAUAUACCCUCUGUUAUUCCCCCCUCAUAAAUGUAAGUGUAUUUAUUGGAAUGAUUCUACAUUUGCAAAUACUUAAAAUUUCUUUAGUAACUAAAUUAAAGAUUUAUGUUUUCAAACUGGAAAAUUUUUGUAUUGAAAUAUAUACAGGCUGCUGUCAUAUUUGACUACUCCCAAAAAUCAGGAAAUACUAAACUACUAGUUGUUUGGUAAUGCAGAAUUUGAGUUUUGCUGAAAAAAGAGACGUUAAAUCUUCUUGCCUUGCUCUCAUCAGGACACUUCGCAAGAGUACCAAUAUAUGGGGAAAAUAACAAUUUAUAUUAUAUGAGAAGAGAGUACUGGUUGGUUGGCAAGUGGACUCUAAUUGAUCAGAGGCAUUGCCAUUGAGAAUGCAUCAAUUCAUGGUGACUGACAGUUAACUGCCAAGCAUUGUUUGAAAUUUAAACCAGGUAGCUUGACCCUGAUUGGUCAAGACAUUGCCUUGAGGAAUGAGUCAGUGAAUGGCUGUUACUUAUUUUGUUUAGCCAAAAUAGGUACAAUGUGCGCACAUGUUCUUUCUGUCUGCAAGGAACAGGGCCCCGUGUUUUAAUAUAUGUAGCUUCCAACUACAUGGGCCACAUUGCGGGCCCGACUGACAAUCUUAAAUUGGUGAUUUGAGUUUUGCAAGCACAGGCUGGUUGGGUACGGUCUGUAUCUUGCCCAUUGAGAACAGCGGCUGGGACAUGCUGUUUGAUACAAUCCACCAGUCUUUGGGAUGAAUGCCUACGUACCUAGCACCACACUGACAUUGAAAUUCAUAAACCAAAUUACUCAUUUGUGUUAUAGGCAGAAUGUCUUUGGCUUGAGGGCAGCAUCCUGUUAGUGGUGAAUACUGCUCAUGUUGCUAUGGCAUAGGAGCAGCAUGAAACAGCUAGCUUCAUCUGUUGCUCAAAGUUUUGAGAUACCUUGCUCUUCCAGGGUAAUCUGAGGUAGACUGGCACAUUACAGGGCUGAAAAUGAUGGUCUUAGGCCCGUUCAUGAUAUACAGCACAAAAUGAUCUGACCAGGGUAGCCAUUAUUCUGCAGGAUGCGUAUGAUGCUCCCUAUUUCAGCAUCAAGCUUGCAUGGUGAGCAAAUGGCUCGGGCCCUAUUUAUAAGUUUGCUGAUAAGACCAAUCUUAUAGCGUGUGGAACUGUAAGAAUCCCAAUGUGUAUAUUGACCAGUGUAGGCAGGCUUGUGGUUGAUGGUGGUAGAGAACCUCUUUUUUUAGCACUAAUGGCAACCUCUCACUCAGAUGGCUUGUGAGCAAAACUAAUAAAGCUUCAAUAUGUCUCUUCUUUCAGCAAUACUCAAAUACUAAACUGCUUAUUCAAUUAUUUAGCCAGAAAUUAUCCAGCUUCCUCUUGCACUUGCUGGCAAUCUUACUCCACUGUCUCUCCAGGCAGUCUGCUCCCUAUUCUCCCAAGUAAUUAAAUCUAAACUGUCCACAUUCUCUUUGUGACUUUGCGACCAUGCUGCCUGGUUAGAGCUUGUGUUUGUGUCAAGCAGUUUUACUGUUCAGUUUAUUGAUAUACUUUAAAGGCCUGAAAAAUUUGAAAAGGUUUCCUGCAUUUCUAGCUACAUGAAUUGUAUUCAAACAUUCAGAAUAAUGUGAAAAGAAUGUGCUCCUAAAAGUCUAAUUCUCAAGCUCCUAUUUCAUUAUGCGAUGUUAA